CUUUUGAUGCAAAUUUUUGGCGCGAAAUUUGGUGCGUUGUUUUUGUCAGAGUCCUCGUGUGUUUCUUUUUUAGCUGCAACUCGCGCUAACCGACCGGAAUCCGGUGUGGAUUCUUUCGACGUUUCUUUUUUGAGCAGAAAAGUCAAGGUUUUACCACUCACCAUGUCCGUCGAGGUUCACAAGGAAAAAUUUGUCACUUCAGUUAAAUCAAACAAGUACGAGAUCACGUGGGUCCUGAAUGAUUUCAGCGCCUGGUGGGCAAACGUCUCUGGAAUACAAAAAUCAUUCAAAUUUCCAUCCGACGUGGACGAAAAAGUAGUGCAAUGGUGCAUAAUAUUUUAUCCUAAGCAAAGUGAAACCCAUUCCGGAUUGUUCCUUCAGGCGGCGAAUGAAAUAGGCAAUCUCAAGGUCGAAUAUGAGCUUGCGAUGGAAGACUCCAAAGGAAAUACUAUCUGUAAGGAAUCAGAGUCGAAAGCACGUCAGUUGACUAAGGGAUGGGGUUGGAAUAAAUUCAUUGGCAACAAAGAGUUGCUUGAAGCUGUGAAACCGGGAGAUCAACUACGUAUUGUUUGUAAAAUGACAAAGUAUGAAGGAAUCAUUAACGAAUCGCUUCAUGAGAACCUACCAGAACCUAUGCCAAGCAGCAUGUCCAAAGAUAUGGACACUCUUGUUGAAGGCACAAAGUUCGGCGAUGUAAAGAUUCUGAUCGACGGGCAGCGUUUCUUGGCGUACAAAGGAAUCCUCUCAGCCAGGAGUGCCGUGUUUGCGGCCAUGUUUAACCAUCCUAUGGAAGAAAACACCGAGAACUGCAUCACCAUCAGCGACGUCGAACCGGGAGUCUUCAAGGAACUGCUGCGGUACAUCUACACGGACCAGUUGACCUGCUUGGAAACGAUGGCGCAGUAGCUGUACCAAGCGGCCGAUAAGUACGACAUCCAGACGUUGAAGAGUCUUUGCCGGUGCCACAUCCUCAAGAAGAUGAGCUCGGAAACGGCCGCGGACACUUUGGUGCUAGCGGACAUGCACGCUGACAAAGAGAUGAAGAGCCACGCGCUCGGGUUCCUCAGCGGCAGCGAGGCGGCCAAGGUAACCAAAUCCGCCGGCUGGAAGAAAAUGUUCCGUACUCAUCCCUACCUCGUGGAUGAGACAAUUGAAGCACUGACGGCUCGGAAGACCGUUGGCUAAAAGCAGCUGUUACGAUAGUAUUUUUCUGAAAUAUGUCCUA